UGCUCACUGUUCAACUCUAAUACUGCAACAUUACCGGCCAUCUAAUUUAUACUUCUAUGGAAAUGUAGCAUGACUGCUCUCAUGCUGGCAUUGCACACUCUCAGACAUCCCGCGUAGCAUGUCUGCCAGCAAGCGGCGCAAGGUAGACCAAGAGGCUACACAACCUGCGGUCAGCGCCCUCACCGCGCUCUCUGCCAGACGACGACUAGCCGAAGGCAAUGCGCUCGGCGACGCCACCAGUGCGCCUGCGUCCCCUGAGCCACGAGCUCUGCCGUCCAACUCCAAUGCCUUCAGCGUGUUGCAGGGCUUGAGCAGGCAGGGCGACUCCCCUUCUGUGGCAGCGAGACAGCCAGAGAGCCCAGGCAAGCCCCAGCGCAACAAGGCUCGCCAUCUGAAGAGCGAGGACUCCACUGGUUCCUCGACGCCAAGAUCGGUGCAGCUGUCGUCCUUCCGUCCAUCCAAGAACAACUGCCGCAGACAUGCCAAUGGCAUCACGGAGCUCCGGCUGAAAGAAAGCGAGCGCUUUCUUGUCCUCGGAAGCUUUGGGAUCAGAGUACUCGAAGGAGAGGUCACCGUAGCUGGGACUACUCUGCGGGCUGAUGGCGAGACACAUUGGUUGCACGCGCCAUACUGCCAUGCGAUUCCAGUGUUGAGGACUCGUCCGCAGACCAGGCUGGAGAUUCACAUGGAUCCGUGCGCUCCGGCUCUACGUCAGCUAGGUCGUCUCUCUCCAUUGUUUAGGAAUCUCUGGAACGAGCCUGUCAGCUUGUCUUUCGACAUUCUAUACACCUCGGAAGACGCCCCUAGGAAGAGUGUGAUCCAGGAGCUCAAGUCACCUCCGGAGUGGAACAAAGAGCUAGACAACCUACUAGCCCCUGGAACGAACAACACUGCUUUGACUGCUCUCGUGUGCGGGCCAAAAAGCGCCGGCAAGUCGACGUUCUCGAAAAUCCUGGCGAACCGACUCAUUACUCGGAGUGGUGACAAGGGCCUCCUUGACAAAGGGGUGGCUUUGCUGGACCUCGACCCAGGUCAGUCCGAGUAUGCACUCCCUGGGACAAUCUCCCUUGUGCACGUCAAGGAGCCAAACCUCAGUGCCUCCUUUACGCACCCGAGCUUUUCCAAUGCGGCGUCACAGAUCGUGCGCUGCCACACUAUUGCGUCUGUAUCGCCAGCAUCAGACCCGGAUCUCUAUCGCGCCGCUACCUUUGAUCUGUACGCAACGUACGCCGCCUCUCUCAAAGGUGUGCCGCUCAUAAUCAACACCCCAGGAUGGAUACUCGGCACUGGUCUCGAGUUGUUGGAGGAUAUUAUCCGGCACACGACCCCUGACGAGGUCAUUUACAUGUCGGAACUUGGCCCUGCGGACACGGUCGACUCCUUGCGAGCUGCGACAGCCAAGAACUUUAGGACAUUGCCAUCUCAGCCGUCGGAAUUCACAGCGCGCACUGGCGCCCAUCUGCGGGCCAUGCAAACAAUGUCGUAUUUUCACCUGAAGCCUACGCCUGACUCGGGCAGACUCGGCUGGAAUCCGUCGCCUCUGAGCCAACACCCACCGCUCGAACUUCGCUACGCCGGGCCCAAGGCCGGUAUCAAGGGGGUCCUCUGCUACAACUACGAGCCACCGGCCGAUCUGCUCGCGAGCUCCAUCAAUGGCAUGGUGCUUGCCGUGGUGGUGAUCGAAGACCGCAAGGCCUACGGUGAACUAGUGAACUCGGCUUCUGCAGACAUCGCCAUCUCCGAGUCCCCCGAGGGUAUCCCCUUCAUCCAGAACCAGGACGAUGCAAGUCUCAAUCCUCGCUACUCAAAGACGAUUGGACUCGUGCUGGUGCGUGGCAUCGACCCGGCAAGGAAGGUCCUACAGCUCUUGACGCCCAUGUCACUCGACCAGAUAGACACCGCCAUGGGCCUGAAACAGGAUCUUGUUCUUGUUCAUGGCAAAUUCGACGCCCCGAGCUGGGCCUACACAGAAGAUCUCUACUACCAGUCCGGGGACGACGAUGCGACUACGCACCUGCAGAUUGAAGACCAGGACACAGACGACGAUGUCUCGGACAAGGAGCCAGAGGAUGUGACAGAGGCGACUGAUGUAGGCCAGGUGCCGUGGGUUGAAGUCCUCAGGGGUCACGAGAAGAGACCAGUCGGUUCCAAAGUCUGGCGUGUGAGGAGGGAUCUCGGUCGUCAAAAUGGCGAGUAGACAAUCUCUCAAUGCAGCCAUUCACUCAAUCA